AUGUACCUGUUUCACACAAGGGAAAACCAUGAAGUUUACCAGGGAAAACAAUGGAGCUGCCUAAAUAUUUGGCUAAUUUUAUGCUUGUUUCCAAGAACCUGUGUAUCAAAUCCUUCAAAACCCAAUUUUUUAUUGAUACUGGCUGAUGAUCUUGGUAUUGGAGAUAUGGGUUGCUAUGGCAAUGAUACAAUAAGGACCCCUAACAUUGAUGGCCUGGCAAAGGAUGGAGUGAGACUUACUCAGCACAUUGCUGCAGCUGCUGUCUGUACUCCAAGCAGAGCAGCUUUCCUGACUGGCAGAUACCCCAUCAGAUCAGGCAUGGCAUCCGGCACUCAACGGCAGGUUCUUUUUUGGAACGGGUGUUCUGGUGGGCUCCCACCAAAUGAAACUACUUUCGCCAGAAUACUGCAGCAGCAAGGUUAUUCUACAGCACUUGUAGGGAAGUGGCAUAUGGGUGUGAACUGCAAAUCCCGCCAUGAUCACUGCCACCAUCCUUUAAAUCAUGGCUUUGAUUAUUUUUACGGCAUGCCUUUUACCCUUUUGAAUGAGUGUCAAGGCACAGAUGACCCUGAACUGGCCAAGUCUUUGCAAGAUACUUAUUGGCUCUACACACAGGUGAUCAUCCUUGCUGUGCUUACUCUUUUGAUUGGAAAACUUACCAAUUUAUUCUCAGUAAAAUGGAAAAUACUCAUAUGUCUGGCUAUCUGUGGUCUCCUGUAUUUCAUCUCCUGGUUCUCCAGCUAUGGCUUCACCAAGUACUGGAACUGUAUCCUGAUGAGAAACCAUGGUAUCACUGAACAACCAAUGAAUCUAGAAAAAACUACUUCUAAUAUGCUGAAGGAGGCAGUUUCAUUCAUUGAAAGAAACAAGCAUAGGCCAUUUCUUCUCUUUGUUUCCCUUUUACAUGUUCACACCCCUCUCAUUACCACAGAGAAGUUUCGGGGAAGAAGCAGACAUGGCCUGUAUGGAGAUAAUGUAGAGGAAAUGGACUGGAUGGUGGGCAGGCUUCUGGAUGUUAUUGACAAAGAAGGCUUGAAAAAUAACACAUUCAUUUAUUUUGCAUCUGAUCAUGGAGGAUCCUUAGAGGCUCACAGAGGAAAUGCUCAGUUGGGUGGAUGGAAUGGGAUCUAUAAAGGUGGAAAAGGAAUGGGAGGCUGGGAAGGAGGGAUCCGUGUCCCAGGAAUAGUUAGAUGGCCAGGAAUGUUGCCUGCAGGGACAGUUAUCAAUGAAAUGACAAGCCUUAUGGAUGUUUUCCCAACAGUGGUUCACCUAGCUGGAGGGGCAGUGCCUCAGGACAGGGUAAUCGACGGGCGCACCUUGCUGCCUUUGCUGCAGGGGAGAGUUCAGCACUCCGGGCAUGAGUUCAUGUUUCACUACUGCGGUGUGUUUCUGCAUGCAGUGCGGUGGCACCAAAAGGACAGUGGCACCGUAUGGAAAGCUCAUUAUGCUACUCCAGUAUUCCAACCAGAAGCCUCUGGGGCCUGUUUUGGAAGAGGAAUUUGCCCAUGUUCUGGGGAUGGUGUAACCCAUCAUGACCCUCCGCUGCUGUUUGAUCUCUCACAAGAUCCUUCUGAGGCAAAUCCUCUAUCAGCCGACACUGAACCCUUGUUUGACACUGUAACAAGGAGAAUAGGAAAAGCUGUGGAAGAGCAUCGCAAGACGCUGACUCCAGUCCCACAACAGCUGUCUCCUUACAAUAAUAUAUGGAAGCCGUGGCUGCAGCCAUGCUGUGGCACAUUCCCGUUCUGUUGGUGUGAUGAAGAAAACAACAAAGUACAUGGCAUGCUUUAAUACCAAAAUCAAAGUACAGUUA